UACGUUGCGUUACUCUGCCUUCGACGGUAAACAAACAGAACCGUUGGCGAACGAUACAAGAAACCGGAACUUAUUAUACCAUUUAUUGUGAAAAAAAAAGAAUGGCCGAAAACUACUUUGACAAUAUUCGAACCGUUGGUGCUGGUCUAGAUCAAGGUAUUGCAAAAUUACAAGAAACAUGGAAAAUGCCUCAGCUUAUUCUGUGUAACCAGAAUGAAGAAGAUCAACAAACAGCAAGGAAGCUAAUUGAGAAUUUGAGAAAUGAGUUACAGCUUUUAAAGGUAACAAUAGAUGAAAACAAAGAAGCGGUCCAAUGCUUACGAGAAACGCAAACUCAGUUUCUUGAAGAAUCUACAAGAGCAAUUAAGUGUUUGAAGGAAGAGGUGGAUGAUAUUAAAGUUUUAUUUGCGGAAAAUGGAUACGUAGAGGACCCUGUGGAAGAUGAUCUCUCAAUUUUAAACAGUCAACUAGAAUCAUUAUUUGUAAAUGAUAGCAAUUCAUUCUUAAAAGACUCCAAUAAUAUAACAGAAUCAUCUGUUUGUGAUAAUGCUUCCAUGUGCGUAGCUGAGUCUUCAACAGCAUCUAAAGAGUCUUUUAACAUGGGAACUCCACCAAUAAAUCACAUUAUGCAUAAAAAACUCUUAUUGGGUGAUCAACCUACAGAACCACAUUAUUCACCUUACUAUUAUAAAAUGAUAAAAAAGCACUAAAUCUUUAAUACAUUAUAGGAUUGUACAUACAUUUUUUUAUUUUAUUACACUACGAAAUAUGUUAUUUAAUAAGUUUGUGAAACUCAAGUGCAGCAUAUAAAAGACUUUAGUGUUAACAACCCUGCCCAUGAUAAUACUCUCUGUCUAUUGUUUGCUAGUGAGUUGGGAAGUAAUUAGAUUAGAGCAUAAGUAUUUUUAAUAAAAAUUCGGCAGACUUAAAGAAAAUAUCCAAAAUGAAAAUAAAUAAAUCAACUCAAAUAAUUGGAGAGAAUGUAAUUCUUGUUCCUUAUAAGAAGCACCAUGUUUUGAGAUAUCAUGAAUGGAUGAAAUCAGAAGAACUUCAACAUCUCACUGCCUCUGAACCACUAAGUUUAGAAGAUGAGUAUAAAAUGCAGCAAAGCUGGUUUGAAGAUUCAGACAAAUGCACAUUUAUAAUUUUAAGCAAGUCAUUGUUCGAAAGCACUGGGAAUGAAAUAGAAGCUAUGAUUGGAGAUACAAACUUAUUUCUAAAUGACCCAGAUGAUAAAGAAUGUGCAGAGAUUGAAAUCAUGAUAGCAGAAACUACAGAUCGAGGCAAAGGAUUUGGAUUGGAAUCAGUUUAUCUCAUGCUCCAAUAUGGAAUAGAAAAAUUGGAUAUUAAAAAAUAUUCUGCUAAAAUCUCCAUGGACAAUCAGAAAAGUAUAAGUAUGUUUACGAAAUUAGGAUUUAAAGAGAUUUCCAGAAGCGAAGUAUUUCAAGAAAUCACGUUAGAAAGAAUUGUCGAUAAUGAAUGGAGGGACUGGCUCAAGUCUAGAACGUUGCACGCGAUAAUUAACGAAAAUUAUGAACUGAACUGAUUAUAAUAAGACUGUACUCAUGUGAAAUAAUUUUUUUUUAUAAUAAAAACAUCAUUUAUAAUCUUAAACAAAAUAAAA